GAUUCCAUGUUCUAAGGCCUUCCGGCCCUGGCAUUCCUGAUUCCAUGUUCUAAGGCCUUCUAGCCCUGGUGUUCUUGAUUCUGUGUUCUGAGGCCUUCCCAGCCCUGGCAUUCCUGAUUGCGUGUUCUAAGACCCUCCUGGUUCCCGAUGCCUCGAUCACCCCUCAGUGGCCUCUCUCUUCUCCAGCUUCACAGGUUUGUGUCCAUGAACAAGCUCAAACACUUCUUUGCGGUGGACACCUCCUACGUGGCCAGGAAGCUGGGCCUACUCAUCUUCCCUUACACGCACCAGAACUGGGAGGUUCAGUACAGCCGGGACAUGCCCCUGCCCCCUCGGCAGGAUCUCAACGCCCCUGACCUCUACAUCCCCACGAUGGCCUUUAUCACAUACAUCCUCCUGGCUGGGAUGGCGCUGGGCAUUCAGAAAAGGUUUUCCCCCGAGGUGCUCGGCCUGUGUGCCAGCACAGCCCUGGUGUGGGUCGUCAUCGAGGUACUGGCCCUGCUGCUUGGCCUCUAUCUGGCCACAGUCCGCAGUGACCUGGGCACCUUCCAUCUGCUUGCCUACAGUGGCUAUAAAUACGUGGGCAUGAUCCUGAGUGUGCUCACGGGAUUGCUCUUCGGCAGUGACGGCUACUACGUGGCCCUGGCCUGGACCUCGGCUGCCCUCAUGUAUUUCAUUGUGCGCUCGCUGCGGAUGACCUCUGUGGGCACUGAUGGCGUGGGGGGGCCUGCACCCCGGCAGCGCUUCCAGCUGUACCUGACCCUGGCCGAGGCUGCCUUCCAGCCAAUGAUUAUCUACUGGCUGACCUUUCACCUGGUCCGGUGACCCAGAUGGGGUCUCCCCUCCUCUCUGAGGAAGACUGCGAUGAAGAUGACCAUGAUUUUUGUCCUGUAUAUUGAAGAUUUUAAUUGCUUCAGCCA